AUGCGUUUAAAGCCAUUUCACGGACACAAAGUUAGACAAAAUCUCGCGUCACGUGACCUCUUCGUAGUAGAGACUAUUCGUGAGCCCAGAGUUAAGAGCAAUAGUGAGAGAGAGACUGAGUGUCAGACUUCGCACAACUCAGGAGACGGAGAGUUUAGUCUGCUUUCAGGUGCGCCCAGUGUUGGAGUGAUGUGGCAGGACAUCGAAAGUGUGCUUCUCGUGAGUGAUGGCACACAGAUUGUGCCCAAUUCAGAGACCCACCGGUAUAUCCUCUCACAAACACAGCCUCCGCCACAGACACCACAACCAACUCAUCAACACUUGAAUACAAGUGAUAUUUAUGUGAAACAAGAAUACAAUCAAAUAAAGUCUGAAUACGAGAGACCCACCGAAUACAAUCAAAUAAAGUCUGAAUACGAUUACCACCAAAACGAGACAUACGAACAGUCGGUGCCGUACGUCGAGAACAACUACUGCAAUGUCUCGCAAUGGUCUGCAACACAACCGCCGAUACAGUGCUCACAACCAUCUCAUCAGAUGCAGUGCACCACUCGUAUGGCCAACACCGGUGCCAAAGACCCGAUGCUUUGGAUGCCAUCAUCACAACAGGCAAACCAAUCGACAAACUAUUAUUGUGAUCAAUACAACAAUCCUUAUCUGCACUGGAAUUCGGGUCACUAUCCAUAUAGUAAGCCAUCUGUACUCCAGUGCCAAAUAUCGCCGCCGGCCUCACCUGAGAAUGAGAAGCAGCACUCGUAUCAGACAAACGCUAAUAAUUAUCAUAUUAGCCCUAAUAGUGAUGUUUCCAAAGUUUCCAUCCAUUGCACAGACAAUGCUAACAAACAGUAUCCUAACAAACAGUAUCCAAACGUGGGGUCUGUUGUAUCCCAACACAGUUAUACAACCACACCAACCGUUCCCUACAUCAGAGGCAUAGUUACUCCGCCGGCGUCACCACAUGUCGACAUUCAUCACUACUCCAACUCGAGUCCAUACAAUCCAUCGCAACAACCUGCGCCUGUCGUCAACAUAAUAGCGCCGACCGUCACACCAGUAGUGGCGCCCAAAUCGAGACGCGGCCGACGCAGCACUGGCCGCAAGAAAGUCACUCAUCACUCGUGCUCUUACGACGGCUGCACGAAGACCUAUACGAAGAGCUCGCACCUGAAGGCACACCUGCGGACGCAUACGGGAGAGAAGCCCUAUCAGUGCAAUUGGAAGGGCUGUGGCUGGAAGUUCGCCCGAUCUGACGAACUCACCCGACAUUUCCGUAAGCAUACCGGCGAUCGUCCCUUUCAGUGCCGACUCUGCGAACGAGCCUUUUCCCGGUCAGACCACCUCUCCCUCCAUAUGAAACGACACUCAACCUUAUAG